AUGCCGGCACCCACUCGAGCCACCACUGCAGCCGAGGCCGCCGCAGGGCGUGCCGGACAGGCAGCCCGCGGCAGAUCUUUCCGCACGAAAGCCGCAGCUACUUCGCAAAAUGUUCUUUACUGUGCGGGUUCCGCUGUUAGGUGCACUUUGCAGCGGCGUCUGGGGCUCUCGGGGCUUCUGUUCGUGUCCAUGGUCACUUUGGUGUUCAGCCGCAGCGCGUUCGCACUGGAUGCACCCCAGAUCCCUCCAGAAGAGAGCACGUUUCUAUCCCCGAAUUUGCCGAGUUCCAAUGCAGCAGCCCACGUAGAAGCUGAGUCUGCCGGGGGGGCGGAUCAGCAGCAGCAGCAGCGAGUGGAAGCAAUGAAGCAGCUGCUUCCCGCAGCAGCGCGUUUGGCCGCAGCGCUGGGUACGGAGGAGGCGCAGGAGCUGCUGAAGGUCGCUGAGGCGCUGGUGCCGCCGCCAGGAACAAAAGUGCAUCCAAAAGAGCUGGAGGCUGGGGCGGAAAUCCUGGUGUCGGCGCUGAGCAGUUUGCAAAGCAUGGCCGUGGCGCGCGCUGCUGCUCUCGCGCAGCAGCAGGAGCAGCAGCAGGGCUCCUUCCCCGAGCUGGAGGUGCGCGAUCCGCCCCCGCAGAACAACGGAGAACUCGAAGUGAUCGACGUCGCUGACGAGCUCGAAGGCAACGACACAGCGCUCACUUUCCUCAAACUCCAUCGCUCUCUGGCGGAAGCUGCAGCGCAGCUGCAGUCGAGCUUUGCAGAGGUGAGCCACGGUGUACAGACAGCGCAGCAGUUCCACACUGAGGCCGACACCCCCGCGCUUGCUGCUGCUGCUGCUGACCUCGAGCUGCUGUCGCACUUUUCGGGAUCUUUGGAGCACUUGAAAGCUCUCGCGACUCCAAUUCGAGACAGAGCUUACGACAGCAUGCGGAUAGUGAAGCUGCGGAGGGGCGAAGAGGUGCUGGAGGAGGUGGGGGCGGAGCUGCGGCUGGUGAACAUCACCAUGCAGCUGGCCGAGGAAGCAGCAACAGCAGAAACUGCUGCUGCAGCAAACGCUGUUUUCCAGCGAAUGGAGGAAAUUUCCGGAGACCUGGAGACGCUGCUGGGGCACCUGCGCGCCAACAUCGAACAAGUGCGAAGAAGCGUCACAAUGAAGCAGAUUUCCCUCGCCAGCGACCGGCUGGAAGCAACAGCAGCACGAGCCAGCAGCCUUCUUGAAAACCUGAAAAACGAAGCCAAGGCGCUGCCCCCCCUUCCGGCCGAAAUCCAAAGCAGCAGCAGCAGAAGAAGCGGCGAAAGGGCCAUUGCAGCAGAGGCGGACCGCCACCACGAGAACAUUCUCGCCGGCGCCGCUGCCGUGCGCAGAGCCCUCGAGGACGCUCGCAAGAAGAUCCAAAGCCUCAGCAGCAGCAGCAGCCGCAGCAACCGCAGCAACCGCAACUCUAAGAGAGGUCUGCAGCACGUGGGCUCCUCCAUUUCCGCAGCACUGAUGAGAAGGCUGCGGGAAAUCUCGAGCCAAACGGAAAGCUCGGUGCGGCAGGCGGAAAGCCUCGUGGAGGCGGUGCCGUCAGUGAGGAGCCCCGAAGCUGCACUGAAGAGUCUGCGGCGGCUGGCGGAGAUUUCGGUGGAGUUGGUGCGGAAGAAAGAAGAGUCGCAGCUGCUGCUGCUGGAGGGGGAGCUGGUGAGGGCUCUGGACAAGGACGCGCAGCACCUGGUGGCGGCAGCAGCGUACUACAUCGCCCACCCCUUCGAUCCCGACUCCCGGGAAGCAGAAUGCAUGCAAGGGGACCACAAACAGUUCAAAGAAAUGAUGGAAAUGCUCAGCAGCGCGGAGUCCGUGGUCGACGCCGAAGAUCUCGUGUCCGCAGCCCGCUUUGCUGCUGCUUCCAUGCGCGACACUCUGGCCCAGCACCGCAGGAAGGACAGCGAAAAGCAGUCGGAGCCAGUGAAGGGCGAGCCGUGA